AUGCCUGUUGGCGCCAAUUGUGUGGACGGUAAGGGUGGCACCCCUUUAAUUCUCGCCAGCAGCCGGGCAGAGGGCUUUGAGGCGGCGAAGCUUCUGCUGCAGAUGGGUCCAGGAGGGGGCACGGCCAUUCACUAUGCCGCUCGUAAGAAGCUCGAUGCCAUGGUGAAGCUGCUGCUGGACCAUGGAGCGGACCCCCUUUUCCCCAACGAUGAUAGAAAAACCGCUCUCGACCUGGCGAGAGAGAGAAAUGCAACUUCUGUCGUCAGACUCAUAGAGAGCCGGGUGGCCUUGUUCGAGGGCCAUGUGCGCCAGCAGACCCUCUCAGCACUUUUGCAACUCUCCUGUCCCCCUUUUUCCCCCACCCUGUUCUCCUCUAGCCGGGUGGCAUUGUUCGAAGGCUAUGUGCGCCAGCAGACCCUCUCGGCGCCGUCGCUAGUGAAAGCCUUUAGAAUUUGGGUGGCAGUGCUUCCAGGGCCCACCAUGAGUGACGGACGCCAGACAUUCCGCCUCGCUCUCUACCCAUCCAUGGCUUUUGGCGCUCCCUACUUCGACAUAGCACUGCACGUGUGCCGCAUUCACAUGACCAACCUGGACUCCGCCAACCCUUCGACUCAAAAGCUCACCCGACCCCUCCCAUAUAUUGCGCCUGCAUUACGCCUGCCAAGGAACGCCACGGGUGAUUCCUCUCUUCCCUCUCCCCCUUCUAUCCCUUCAUUCUUCUCUCCUAACAAUCCUUCCUCCUCUCACUCUUCCUUUUUUCUCACUCGUCGCUCAUCUCUCAUGCUACCCUCCCUCUCACUCUUUCCACCCUUUCACUCUUUCCACCCUCUCACUCUUUCCACCCUCUCACUCUUCCACCCUCUCACUCUUUUCUCCCUCUCACUCUUUCCUCCCUGUCACUCUUUCCACCCUCUCACUCUUCCCUCCCUCUCACUCCUUUCCCCUUCUCACUCUUUCCUCCCUCUCACUCUUACCACCCUCUCACUCUUUUCUCCCUCUCACUCUUUCCUCCCUGACACUCUUUCCACCCUCUCACUCCUCCCUCCCUCUCACUCCUUUCCCCUUCUCACUCUUUCCUCCCUCUCACUCUUACCACCCUCUCACUCUUUUCUCCCUCUCACUCUUACCACCCUCUCACUCUUCCCUCCCUCUCACUCUUCCCUCCCUCUCACUCCUUUCCCCUUCUCACACUCACUCCUCCCUCCCUCUCACUCUUCCCUCCCUCUCACUCUUCCCUCCCUCUCACUCCUCCCUCCCUCUCACUCCUCCCUCCCUCUCACUCUUCCCUCCCUCUCACUCUUCCCUCCCUCUCAAUCUUACCUCCCUCUCACUCUUUCCUCCCUCUCUCUCUUUCCUCCCUCCCACUCUUUCCUCCCGUCUCUCCUCACUCUUCUUCUGCAUGCUCCUCUCUCAUUCUCGCACUCUCCUAUUCUCACAGUCUCUCAUCCUCGCACUCUCCCAUUCUCACUCUCUCCCUCUCUACCAUCUACGCAUCCCACCAUGUACCCCCACCCUCCUGCCGCUCCUGCUGCUUCCCCUUUUGCUGCUCCUACUGCUGCUGCUGCUGCUGCUGCUGCUGCGGCUUAUUACACACAGCUGCAGGCACAGCAGCAGCUGGGGGGGUCAGGAGCAGCAGGAGCAGGACCAGUGGCAGCAGCAGGAGCAGGAGGGGGGGCGUCAGGAUCAGGGAGAGGGGGUCAGCAGAGCGGAGGGGAAUCCAGGGGCGUGGUGAAUGUGCACGCGUGGCAGGAUGACGUGGACGAGGACACGGUGUUCCAGCUGGCGCUCUCUGAGUCGAUGCGCACCGCCAGCAUUGCCAGCUCUGCCCGAGCCGAUGCCCCUGGUGCUUCUGGUUCCACUGCCACUGCUGCCCAGGGCAUGAGCAGAGGGGAGGAAGGAGCAGACGGCUUUAUUCUCACCCGUUCCUCCUCCGAGCCCCAGUCCAGAUCUGGCCGCUCCCUCUCCUCCUCCUCUUCUUCUGCUGCGGCUGCGGCCACCGACUCAUUCACUGCGUCGCAUCGUUCUUCUAGGUCCAUUUCAGCCUCUGCUGACCGCCACCCGUUUGUCCCACCUGCUGCCCCCAUCCCCUCUUCCUCCGCUGCUGCUGGCACUUCUUCUGGCAUUGCCGCUAGUCCUGCUACUGGCGCUGCAGCUGGUUCAGCCAGUACAGCCGGAACAGCUGGCACUGCUGCAGCAGGGGCGGAAGGGGGUCGAAUGCGCGACGAGAUUGCGAAUCAGUUCUCCUCUGUGGCAUCGGCGCUCAACCGAGCAGCAGCAGCCGUGUCGUCGCUCUUUGCCUCCGGCCCACCGUCAGCACCCCCAGUGGACGCUCCUGCUUCCGCAGCAGCAGGGCCACAUUCGUCAACGGCAGCAGCCCCGGCGGCAGCACCAGCAGGAGCAGGAGCAGGAGCAGGAGCAGGAGCAGGGGCAGGAGCAGGAGCAGGAGCAGGAGCAGGAGUAGGAGCAAGAGCAGGAGAAGAAGCAGGAGCAGCAGCAACAGGAGGAGAAGCAGGGGCAGAGGCAGAGGCAGGAAUCCAAGGGCUGGGGCUGCCCUGUGUGCCGAGCUUCCAUUCGAGAAGUGUUGAAGAUUUUUCAUGUUUAGGUUAG